AUGACCACCGCCAGCGCGUCCACACCAGCCCACGCCAUCACCACCCAACCACACCCCCCACGACCACACCAGCCACCCAGACCAGCCACCAGCUCCAGCCACACAGCCACACCUACACCAGCCAGCCACCAGCCACCAGCCCACGGACACCAGCCCACGCCUACACCAGCAGCCACCAGCCCACGUCCACACCAGCCUACAGCAGACCACGCCCACAAGAGACCCACACCCCUACACUACGGCAACAAGAGACCAUGCCCACACCCACACGAGACCAAAGCCACGCCCAAGAUGCACGCCCGCAAGAGACAACGCCCUUGA